CCAUGCUGAAGAGACUCCAUUUAUGCAGAUGAGCCCGGGAUCGAGGUGGCACUCGGUCUAACUGCCCGGCAGGAUGCCAUCCACCAACCGAGCGGGCAGCCUGAAGGACCCAGAAAUCGCAGAGCUCUUCUUCAAAGAAGAUCCAGAGAAGCUCUUCACGGAUCUCCGAGAGAUCGGCCAUGGAAGCUUUGGAGCUGUUUAUUUUGCACGUGAUGUGCGCACCAAUGAAGUGGUGGCCAUCAAGAAAAUGUCUUACAGUGGGAAGCAAUCCAAUGAGAAAUGGCAGGAUAUCAUUAAAGAAGUCAAGUUCCUGCAACGAAUUCAACAUCCCAACAGUAUAGAAUACAAAGGCUGCUAUUUGCGGGAGCAUACAGCAUGGCUUGUUAUGGAAUACUGUUUAGGAUCAGCAUCAGAUUUAUUAGAAGUUCAUAAAAAGCCUUUGCAAGAGGUGGAAAUAGCUGCCAUUACCCACGGUGCUCUCCAAGGAUUAGCAUAUCUGCAUUCCCACAACAUGAUCCAUAGAGAUAUCAAGGCAGGAAACAUCCUACUGACGGAGCCAGGCCAGGUGAAGCUAGCUGACUUUGGAUCUGCUUCCAUAGCCUCUCCUGCCAAUUCAUUUGUGGGGACGCCAUAUUGGAUGGCCCCAGAAGUGAUUUUAGCCAUGGAUGAAGGGCAGUAUGAUGGUAAAGUGGACGUAUGGUCUCUUGGAAUAACGUGUAUUGAAUUAGCGGAAAGGAAGCCUCCUUUGUUUAACAUGAAUGCAAUGAGUGCCUUAUAUCACAUAGCGCAGAAUGAAUCCCCUACACUCCAGUCCAAUGAAUGGUCUGAUUAUUUUCGAAACUUUGUAGAUUCUUGCCUCCAGAAAAUUCCCCAGGACAGACCUACGUCAGAGGAACUCUUGAAGCAUGUGUUUGUCCUCCGGGAGCGCCCUGAGACAGUGUUAAUAGACCUGAUCCAGAGAACAAAAGAUGCAGUCAGAGAACUGGACAAUCUGCAGUAUCGGAAAAUGAAAAAACUGCUCUUUCAAGAGGCGCACAACGGUCCCACAGUUGAAGCCCAGGAAGAGGAGGAGGAUCAAGACCACAGUGCGGGCCGGACGGGAACAGUAAACAGCGUUGGCAGCAACCAGUCCAUCCCUAGCAUGUCCAUUAGUGCCAGUAGCCAAAGCAGUAGUGUGAAUAGUCUUCCAGAUGCCUCCGACGACAAGAGCGAGCUGGAUAUGAUGGAAGGGGACCACACCGUGAUGUCAAACAGCUCGGUCAUCCACUUGAAGCCAGAUGAAGAAAACUACCGAGAGGAUUCAGACCCGAGGCUGAGAACGUCAGAACCGCAUUCUCCACCCCAAGUGUCCCGUCACAGGUCCCAUUACCGCAACCGAGAGCACUUUGCUACUAUACGCACAGCAUCACUGGUAACUAGGCAAAUGCAGGAACAUGAACAAGAUUCAGAGCUCCGUGAGCAGAUGUCUGGUUACAAGCGGAUGCGGAGGCAGCACCAGAAGCAGCUGAUGGCCCUGGAGAACAAACUGAAGGCUGAAAUGGAUGAGCAUCGCCUUAGGCUGGACAAAGACCUCGAGACGCAACGCAACAACUUUGCAGCAGAAAUGGAGAAACUCAUCAAGAAGCACCAGGCAGCCAUGGAGAAGGAGGCAAAAGUAAUGGCCAACGAAGAGAAGAAGUUCCAGCAACACAUUCAAGCCCAGCAGAAGAAAGAACUAAACAGCUUCUUGGAGUCCCAGAAAAGAGAGUACAAACUUCGCAAGGAACAGCUCAAAGAGGAGUUGAACGAGAACCAGAGCACUCCCAAGAAGGAGAAGCAGGAGUGGCUGUCCAAGCAGAAGGAGAACAUCCAGCACUUCCAGGCAGAGGAGGAGGCAAACCUGCUCCGGCGGCAGAGGCAGUACUUGGAGCUGGAGUGCCGCCGCUUCAAGAGGAGAAUGCUGCUUGGGCGUCAUAACUUGGAGCAGGAUCUUGUCCGGGAGGAACUAAACAAGAGGCAGACCCAGAAGGACCUGGAGCAUGCCAUGUUGCUACGCCAACACGAGUCCAUGCAAGAGCUGGAGUUCCGGCACCUCAACACCAUCCAGAAGAUGCGCUGCGAACUGAUCCGCCUGCAGCACCAGACGGAGCUCACCAACCAGCUGGAGUACAACAAGCGGCGGGAGCGAGAGUUGAGGCGCAAGCACGUCAUGGAGGUCCGGCAGCAGCCCAAGAGCCUCAAGUCUAAAGAGAUUCAGAUAAAGAAGCAGUUCCAGGAUACUUGCAAGAUCCAGACUCGGCAGUAUAAAGCAUUGCGGAACCACCUGCUGGAGACCACGCCAAAGAGUGAGCACAAGGCAGUCCUGAAACGGCUCAAAGAGGAGCAGACCCGGAAGCUGGCCAUCCUAGCUGAGCAGUAUGACCACAGCAUCAACGAGAUGCUCUCCACGCAAGCACUGCGACUGGACGAGGCGCAGGAAGCAGAGUGCCAGGUUCUUAAGAUGCAGCUGCAGCAGGAACUGGAGCUGUUGAACGCUUACCAGAGUAAAAUCAAGAUGCAGGCAGAGGCCCAGCAUGACCGGGAGCUGCGUGAACUGGAGCAGCGGGUGUCCCUGCGCCGGGCUCUCCUGGAACAGAAGAUAGAAGAAGAAAUGCUGGCGUUACAGAACGAGCGCACUGAACGGAUCCGCAGCCUGCUGGAGCGCCAGGCCCGGGAGAUAGAGGCCUUUGAUUCAGAGAGCAUGAGGCUAGGUUUUAGUAACAUGGUUCUUUCGAAUCUCUCCCCCGAGGCGUUCAGCCACAGCUACCCGGGAGCUUCUAGCUGGUCCCACAAUCCAUCUGGGGGCACGGGACCUCACUGGGGUCAUCCCAUGGGUGGCCCGCCACAAGCGUGGGGCCACCCGAUGCAAGGUGGUCCCCAGCCAUGGGGUCACCCCUCGGGGCCCAUGCAAGGGGUACCCCGAGGUAGUUCACUGGGGGUCCGCAACAGCCCCCAGGCUCUGAGGCGGACGGCUUCCGGGGGACGGACGGAGCCAGGCAUGAGCAGGAGCACGAGUGUCACCUCGCAGAUAUCCAACGGGUCACACAUGUCUUACACAUAAUAACUUCCAGCGUCUCUCUGAGGGUGGUGAUUCCACCGGAGCUGCCUGCCAACUGAAACUGCCAACAGACACCCUCCCCGGGAGCCCAGCACGAGCAGCGCGGCCUCUGGGUACGGGCUGGCGAGCGCAUUCAUUUGGGAAAGCGUUGUUUUGGGUUUACUAACAGGGAUGUCAUAGUAUUUGGCUGCAGAGUUCUCUUUACCUUUUUUGGUUGUU